UCAGUCUCAGCUGGUCUUUGAGUCUCUUCUCUCUAGUGAAACUAAGCUCCCAGCCAAUCUUCAGACAUGAGGAUCCUUUACCUGCUCUUUGCUGUUCUCGUCUUCCUCUUCCAGGCUACUCCAGGUGUUGCUGAUGUGGGUCCUCCUCCUGCUGACACUCUGGCGUGUAAAGCCCAAGGAGGUUUCUGCCGGUUGCUGAACUGUCCCCCAGUCUUUUCUGUCUCAGGAACUUGCCACGGUGGACAGCUGCAAUGCUGUACAAGGAUUCCAAGAGCAUAAGAAGAUAAUUUUUGGGGUCAAUAAAACCAGCAACAGUCUUACUGCCAGGAGGAAAUGUUUUUGAUCAACUCAUCCUUUCUCUAAGCUCUCCUGCAAAUGAUCAUUAAAAUAAGU